AUGGCAGAUAGUGGGAAAGCUAUAUCACCGGGAUCAGAAGUAAAGAAAGCCCAGGAAGGAAGUGGUAAAAAAAGGCGCAAGCACAAGAAGAAAGCAGAAGCAUCAGGGGACGGUGCUCCUUCGGCAGCACCAGUGUCUCAGUCAACAAGUCAAAGCUCUGCGGCUGCAAGUCAGGCAGAAGGAGCCCCAGCUGCAGUCAAUGGUGACAGCAAACAGGAGAGUAACCCACCGGAAAAACGUGUAGCCAGAGGGGAAGAGCAAGAGUUAAAAGACAGCAAAGCAGUGGGAAAAGUUUCAAGAAACAAGACUGGAACACAUGAAGCAGGAGGAGAAGAAAUAUCAAGUCAUGGAGACAGUAGUGCAGAUGGGAAAACACAUGAAAAACACUUAUCAAAGAAAGAAAAUAAAGCUAAUCAACUGCAGAAGCUGAAAUCUCCAAAGCAAGAAUCUGAAACCGGCAAAUCUUCGACACCAACUACAGAUGAAAGCAAGCUAAGAAAAGAUACACCCAGAACAGAAACACCUAAACAUACAGAGCAGGGAGAGAAAAACAGGGAAAUACCAGAAGCAAAAAUACAAAUGCAGUCUGGCAAAGUAAAGCAGAGCAACGAAACACCUAAAUGUGACGGAGUACAACAGAAAAGUCAAUUGCAAGAACAGCCCCAAAGCAGCAGGGCAGAAGGUGAUCAUGGGAAGAAGCCAAAGGCACAAACAAAAGAAGUUGUGAAGGGAGUCAGUGCUGUCGAUGGUGAACACAAGGCUAAGAGUAAAGCAGACACAACACCAGGAGUAGCAGACGGGGAGCAGAAGUCAAAGGCACAAAUGAGAGCAGAAAGAAGGGCAGUCCAAGAAGCUCAGAGAGCUGCAAAAGAUGCCAAGAAAAGUGAGCCUUCUGCUGGCGUAGCAAGUUCUGCUAGUACAACGACAGGCCGAAAAGAAAAUGCUGGUGAAAAGUCAAAACCUGCAGUAGAGAAGUCAAAACCUGCAGUAGACAAGUCAAAACCUGCAGGAGACAAAAUUGGUGGUGAGAAAAACUCUAAGAAGAAGUCCGGAGGGAAUGUAGCAGUCCAGGGUGAAACAGAAGAACAGAUGUGGGCGAAGAAAGAGAGAGAAAUACUUGGUAUCGCACUCAAGAUUGACAACAGCAUUCUCAACCUGGGUUUCCAGUACUUUCAUCACAACAUUGUUGGUGCUAAUGCGAGGUGCAUGGCCUUACUGGCAACAUUGAAGGAGGUAAUCACAAGAUAUAGAACACCAGAUGGAAAGGAGCUGUCGAGAGACUUGGAAAAGAACUUUCUUAACCCAUGUAUAAAGUACAUCAAUUAUUGUCGACCUAUCAGCACAAGCAUGGGCAACGCAAUUAAGCAUUUAAAACAUCAUAUUAAUAAAAUACCAAGCGACAUGGAUGAUGAAACUGCAAUUUCCAAACUACGGGACGAAAUAGACAACUUCAUUCAAGUCAACAUAAUCAAAGCAGCUGAAGCCGUGGCAUUUUAUGCCAACACCAAAAUUGACAACGGGGAUGUUAUUCUCAUUUAUGCUGCGUCAUCAUUGAUUGGUCAAGUGCUGAAAACAGCCUAUAAAGGAGGGAAACGAUUCCGUGUCAUUGUUGUUGAAGGGCGGCCACGUAGUGAAGGGAAAUCGAUGCUGAGAUGUUUGGUCAGAUGUGGCAUCCCAUGUUCAUAUAUUUAUAUUGGUUCAGCAUCGCACGCAAUGAAUGAGGCGACAAAAGUGUUCCUUGGGGCGGCAGCCAUGUUUGCUAUCGGAGACAUGUACUCUCGAUCUGGCAACUCCAUGAUUGCAGCCUUGGCUAAGGCCAACAACAUCCCUGUCCUGGUUUGUUGUGAAACCUAUAAGUUCACAGACAAAGUGCAGCUGCACACGGGAGACAGCAACCUGCAUACUCGGGGCAAGGACUUAGUCUCUAUUGGCCACAAGACCCCUAUCUUGACCAACUGGGAAGACAUUGGUUUAGGACUGCUAAACCUCAUGUAUGAUGUCACAGGAUCUGAGUACAUCACGGCUGUAGUCACAGAGUUCGGCAUGCUGCCCUGUACAUCCGUGCCGGUAGUUUUACGACGACAAGAAGAUCUCUCCUAG